AUGUACGUCGUGCAAGUAUAUUAUGACACCCCACGGAGCAGUCUCUCUCGCAUCGAAAGACAUUCGGAUAGACUGCACGCCAGCCCCUCAAUCUUUUUAGCAGACUGGCGGACAGCCUUACUGUGGUCAACAAUCUGCUCUACCUUCAACAGGAUCAAUAUGCGGUUCAGUCUUUCGUCAUCAUCGGCAACAUUGUUGGCACUGCUUUCUUGCUCCACUGCCAAUGGCGCACCGGCCAAGGACGUCGACAUACUGUUCGCCGAACAACCGAAGCCCGAUAGAUGGGUCUCCUACGAUCUGGGAAUGCCGUUUGAAAAGUCCGAUACGACCAACUACACCAGCUCAUCAAUCGAACGGAGAACAGACGUGACAGUCUGCGAACGCCCCACCACAGCUCCCUACUCUUGCGUGUUGCUCACGGACUUCCUGUCGCCUCUUGUUUUCGCACUCGCGAGAAUCAUCAAAGAUGCUUCGACGCGGCACGACUGCGAUGUAACCACUGGCUCGCACGCAGGUAUCAGCUGGAAGUAUCAGGCCAACGGCGGCAGCCAUUGUGACACCACGGCACAAGAGAAGACGAUUCGCCAUGCCAUACAGCAUCAUUUAGAGGACAUGGAUGCUAAAGUUUUGUGCGCCCAGGAGUGUAUGAAGAUGGACCACGGAGGCAAGUGGAAAGGAUGGCUCUUGAUUGGACCAUCAGACGGCUUCAAUGAGGAUGUCUAUUGCGGACCAGAGUUGGACUUUGGUAGGUGCUCGCACUGA